AUGUCUAUUGCCGCAAGGCUAGCAGCCCAUAGCUCUGAAUUGGCCGCACUUAACGACCAGAUUGACCGGUCGUAUCACUCAAUCACAGAAAAAGAUAUCCUCCUGGAUGUGGCCUUCAAGGAUGACUUUGUAGACAAUAAUCCAUACUCGUCUCUUUCGAUCUACCAGCUCAACCAGAAACAGAAAGAACUCGACGAGGCACUGAGAAUCUUGAAUGAUCUCUGGCUCGUCAAGGCGCUCUUUUCCGAAAUUGAGGUCAGCUUUGAUCCGUUCGUUAGUGGUUCUUAUGUGUGCGAUCUAGACGACUUGCAUUCCAUCGUCACCAAUCUACAAAAGGCCGAGGAUAAAAAUGUAGAGCUUGUGCUGGCGGAUAUUGCUGUUGCUGCAGAUAUCGCGACGCAAUUGGCCAAGUUUAGGGAGGACUUUGUGGCCAAGUUGGACGCUCUAUUUGACCUAUUCUUCCCUGGCCCAUCGUCUGUCAACGUUCAAAUUAUUGUCAAUGGCCAGUCUGAAAUCACUCUUAGUGACUACAUUGAAUUCUGUAAUACUCACGGUACCAGAUAUGCGGAGUCAUACAUUCACGAGAAAUUUCAUAUCCGCAAGAGAACCUGGGAACGGGAGCUUUUGUUGCCUCUCAUCUCACAAAAGUCGAGUUUGGAAUUGAAGGUAGAAGGCCCAUUAAAUACCUUGGUAGUCGCUGAGAGGGCAGAUGGAAACGAUGCAUAUCUUCGACUGUUCCUCGAGUCAGUGCUCAGCUUCGUAGCGUUCGUGAACAUAGUGGACAUCCAAUCGCUUAAACAGUUCUACUCUACCAUGAUUUCCAAUGCAUUGGUUGAAACUAUUUCUAAAAACAUCGAAUCGUUCAUGACCGACGAGGCACAGCUUACCGCUCAAUUGGUGCAAGCCAUUGACCAAUUUGCAAAGACCGGAUGGCCCAUGCCUCUCCGAAAUGUGUUUGUUUCAACUGAUAAAAUCCACGAGAGUUUACAGAGACUUUAUUUGGAUUGGCUAGGUGAUAAGUACAUAAAUGAGAUAAGAACUGUAUUUCUGGAGCCGAAAUUCCUUGCUCUUCUCUCAGAGACCAGCCUACAUGAGGAAAUCGUUGAAAUUGAAGCCCCGAUUGCUGUCGCAGUACCGGAGCCUCGUGAGCCUUCGGAAGAUGUCGCUCCUACCCGUUUGGACCCAGAAAAUGCAAAUGUAGUCGAACCAGAAGAAGAUGACUGGAAUGAGGCUUGGGGGUCAGACCUGGACGAUGAAAUUCCACAUACAAAAGUGAAGGGUCUGAAUGUCAAAGCUGAUGAAUCCGAUGACAAUUGGGACGACAACUGGGACGACAACUGGGAUGAUGGUGAGCCCGAGGGAGCCCCACAAAGCCCGAAAGUAGAGAAAAUUGUGAAGUCCGCUGAGCCACAAUCUUCUACUGUGCGAGAGGACGUAAAUUCUACGCCAGUUGUUCAAACGACUGAGACAAGGACCUCCAUGAGAUCCUCUGUGUGCUCGGCACUUGCGAGUGUUUUGGACGGAUAUGAUUCUGAAUCCAUGGGCGCGGACCCACAGUUGUUGCUACAGACCAUUCUCUCCAUGGCUUUGAUCUCAUAUCCACCAGUCACCCAGCUGUUCUUGCUUCUCAAUGACUUGAGCAGUUUGAAUAAUACAGUACUCCUCAAGGCAGUAUCAGAUGAAUGGCUACAUACCAAACAGGCCUUAUUCGAGAAAAUUCUGGCAGUUGUUGCGGACAGCAUGGUUUUAACCGAUUCAGACCAAGAAAUUGAUGUGCAUGCAAUCACCGAAAAGAUUUUUGCACCAGUUAAUGAACUUUACUCAAAAGAUCUUUUCCAGACGAAUAAUUACGAGUUCAAAAACUUACUUUUCCAGAUCAUCAACUUGAUCAAUACUUUGGCAGUGGACCAAAUCUUAGGAAACAAUGAGAUUUCCGAGCACCAAUCGGAAGUAUACACGAAGCUUCUACAAGGCCUACAAUUCCAUGAAGGAGAGAUUAUGGGAAGACUCGGCGAGAAUGUCACCAAGCUUGCCCUGUGGCCCAAGGCGGACCAGAUGGUCAUUCUUCUCAACAACCAUCUUCGUGACAUCAUGAAAUACUUCUACGACAGCAAAUUAUACGCAUGCUCUACAGAAGAAUUGAUCAAGAUCAUUAAGAGUGUGUUUAUUCCAAGCGAGUUGCGAGAACAAUGCAUUAAUGAGAUCAUCGAGAUCAGGAACAUCUAG